UGAAUCAGAGGUUAGAAGGAUAAAGAUAGGUGGUGUAAAACUGGCAGGAGCUGCAGAGGAGGAUGUUGAAAUUUUUAUUUUUUGCCCUGUCCUGCUUAACAAGCAGUUAUCAUCCUGAUUCCAGACUGUUGACUGGGCACUUAUUUUGCUCUGAGAAUGUGUAAUAAUAACAUUAAUAUGAGUAAAAAAAAAAAAGGUUAUUAAUAAAACUGACCUUUUUUUUUCUUCAUUUUUUUAAGAUUGUUACAAGUUUGAAGAUAAUCCAGCUGGAAAAAAAGAUGUUGCACAGUAACAUUUUAUUUAUUGUCUUGUUGCCAUUUUGUUAUGCUUUUAAUAUAUUAUAAUUGCAUAUACAUUAUAUAUGUAUGUGUGUAUAAAAAUACACACCAAAGGCAAAGAAAGUUGUUUGAAAACUAUUUGACAAUGAUGUAAUGAUGAUCAAUUGAAGUAUGUUCAUUUUUGUCAUACCAGCUUUGUAAUGCACCACUUGUAUUCCCAUUUAUUGCAAGUUCCAUUUUUCUGCCACAUGAGUAAUCUUAAUAGUACAAUUAAUACAGAAUCUGUGUUGUUUGGACGAAAAUCAUUUCUUUUUUUUAUGUCCUCGACGACAAUAAACACGCGUUGUUUUAAGAAAAGGGGUAGCAUCACAUUUCUAUUUACAGUUUCUACUGCGAAGUAUCGUAGAACUACAAUACCCAUAAUGCCCCGUGGCUGCCAGCAACAAGGAAGUGUGAUGGCAGGCAACUGUUGACAUCUCGGAAGGUCCACUUUACUAUAUUUUGUUGGCUUUUCGCAUGUUCUCACGUUUGAGAAGCCAUGGCGGGGAAGACUCAUCAGCUGAACGAGUCUGUGGUGAUCCGCAGCCUCCGGCGCUUCAGAGAGAGAUAUUUUCCAAACACUGGGGGAGCUGUCAAAGGUGAUUUGACAUCUGCGGAGGACCAGGGAGAUGAACCUCAGCUGGGAUUUUUGGAUAGCUUACCGGUUGACACCCAGUUUCUGAUCAUGAGCUAUCUGUGUCCUGCUGAUAUCUGUUGCCUUGGAGCCACUAGUCGGUACUGGAGGGCAUUGGUGAGAGAUCCGCUACUGUGGAGAUACUUUUUGAUCAGGGACAUGCUUUACUGGCCCUCCAUUGAUCAUGUGAGCAUGCCUCAACUGGAGCUACUGGAUGCACCUCUGAUCAAUGCAGAUGAGAGCCUCGAUGAAAGAGAAGAGGGGAGUGACAAAGGGAUGGAACUCAAAUGUGACUACAUGUCAGAAUACCUGAAAAGUUGCCCAUCCUGCAGAGAACAAUGGCUUCCUUCACGCCCAGCAUAUGAGGUCGUGACCUCAUUUCUCCAGUCUCUGGUACCCUCAGCUGAACCCCGCUACGCCAUGUUUGGCCCCGGCAUGGAGCAGCUGGAUGUCUCUUUAGUCACAAGGCUCAUGCGUGCACCAGAUGUGCUUCCUGUGUCUGGCACUCCACAAAGACAGAUUAACGGUAUCGGCUCAGGGAUCAGUUACCUAUUCAAUAACCAACACAAAUUUAAUAUCCUUACUCUGUACUCGACAAAUAGGGCGGAGAGGGAAAGAGCCAGGGUGCAGCAGCAGAGCGUCAACAGUAAGCUUUUCGCUUUUGUAGGAACAGAUGACUCAGGCAAGCUGAUCUACAGCCUUGCUCCUCAUGUCCAACAAGUGUGCCAAGUGGUGGAUGGUUUCAUCUAUGUAGCCAAUGCAGAGCCAGGAAAAGGGGAAGGUGAGUCUGAGAUAGCUCAGAUCCGAGCUGUGCUGAGCUAUGUCAAGGCGUCAACACCCAGGCCUCUGCUGGUGCUCUCCUGUGUCGCCAGAGAAGAUCCGGAUGCAGGCAAUAGAAUCGCCACCAGGUGGCGAACUCCCUGUGUUUACAUGGCAAAGCGACUCGGUCUAUCUAAACUCGACAAUCAAUGGAUGGUGCAGGAUACAGUCGCAGAAUCCCUGUCAGGUCUUUUGGAUGGCAUUGCCUGGCUGCUGAGAUGUUCUGGAGUCAAACUCUAAUGGUAACUAGUUCACUGACUCCUGCUAAUGCCAGAAAAAUCAAAACCACAGACAUUACUGAUGUGUCAUGCUGACAUUAAGACACUUCUGGGACUAAGGCAUUUCCUGAGUAAUGUGCACCAAAUGUGCGCUUAUUGUCUCUGGAUGAGAAAACUGCCUGUGGAGUUUAAUGAGUUGGGUGAGCAGGAGGACUGGCAGAACUUGUAUUCCUCUUGGAGAAAUUACAGAGUUCAUAUUGACAGCGACAUGCAAAGGAAUUACAUUAAUAAUGAAGGUUAUACAAGUUUGGAAGAACCUUAAAGGAUUUUAUUGCACCCUGACAUUUUUUACAACAGCAGGGUAAUUACAAUUUCACUGGAAGACACAUUACUCUGUAACUAUUGGCUUUCUAUUUAAGAUUAUCUACUUUACUUAACUUUUUCCCCUCAUUACUACAUGGCACAAUGACAACAAUCUCCGAGCCAGUACACUGAGAAUUUGCAAGUUCUGAAAUACUUGGUCACUGUGAUAACUCAGGCCUGCUCAGUUCUGUUGGUGAUCAAGCCAUGCUAAUGCCAGAGCUUGUCUAUCCAUAUUGAAAUGUUUCCCAAAAAAAAGUCAUACCCUUUUGCUAUUUUCUCAGGAUAUGUCACUGCAUCUUGGACUCAGUGCUAGCCAAGGCCAAAAAAAUACAAAAAAACAGAAUGCAGAGUUGUGACAGGCUCAGCCUGGAAUUGUAAAUAUCCAUUAAAUUGCUGUAAAACUGUUACAAUGGCUAAACUAUUGUCUCUAAAUGAGUCAUGUUUAAUGUAUUUGUAUUGUUCCUUUUUAUUUAUCUUUCCUUAUUUUCUGUGUCUUAUUCACAUACUCACAAGCUUGAAAAGCUCAUUAUUUUCUACACUGUUGAAUAAUGUGCCAAAGAGUUGCCCUGGGGUUCCUUUUCUCUGAGCUCACACCUGGCUAAAAAAGUGAAAUCCACAUCUGCAUGUCACAAGCAUGAGAGAGUAUUCUUUGUGGCCGCCAGGGGGGGCUACUAGUAGGUGUCUUAUUAAGUGCGCCAUCAUUGAAAGCUUUGGCACUGCCUUUGUUUUUUUUAAUGUUACUUUCAAUUUUAAAGAUUUGUGUAGUAACAUAAAACAUGUCAACCAAAUAGAAGACUUCUGACUCAAUCUUGGAGCAAAAAGUACAGCCAAACCAAAUGACACAAUGUGGGAAUGAGGAGAAAGACAACUUUUAUGGGCAGGAAGGACAGGGUUCAAAGUCACUGUUAGACUAAGAAGUAAAAGGUUCCCGUUUCCACAGAGAUGUGAAAUGUGAAAAACAAUACAGAUUCAAAAGAAACAGCAGGAUACUCAUAUUGACACCAUUAACUUCUUUUUUAUAAAGUUUCAGAAGGAAAUGAUUCAGAUGCAAAGUUUUAAAAUGACGGCCUUUAUAUGUCUCUGAAGACAUCAGCCAAACUCUAAUUUCAACAUCAUUUAUUGCAUCAUUACAUGUGUUUUUUUUUUACAAAAGCCAGAUUCUCACUCAUUUGGAGCCUCAUUGAGUCAAUGUUGUAUCAUUCCUCUAAAUAUUACCACCUUUUGGGAGCUCUGUCCCUGGGCUGAGGCAGUCUCAUCCCCUCAUGGCAGCAUGUUGACAAGAUAAUGUGUCUCACUGAUGCUCUUUUUGUUCCAGUCCCCUUGGUAACCACAAACCUUUGUUAAAAGUACAUUCUCCCCCUGCACUAGUCCAUCUAAAGGUUCCUUAGUCUUGACAAUCAUUUUUAUAGCCAUACAGAUUAAGAACAGGAACAUGAUUGGUGCAAUUUAGGUUCAUUAAGCUGAGCUGAGUACUGGUGGAGCAGAGAUUGAUUCUUUUUCCCUCUAGGAAAGAGAAAUGAUGGAGGAGCAACCCUGUGAGUGUGUGCGUGUCUGCCAGGCUUCAACAUUUUCAUAUACUCUGUAAACAGGAUGUCCUCUAUCUUUGGUCCUUGUCAGCUUACCUACAAAUGUUUGUGCGAGUAUAUGUUGCAUGCUAGUGGUUACUCAGUCUGUCCAAGAAAGGACAAAUGAAGAUAGACUCACUUACAUGAAAACAGUAAACCACAGGAGCCUGAUUUCCAGGGCAGGUAUGCAGGGAAUAACAUCACUUAAUCCUCUGUUAUUACUCUGUGAUCCCGAAGAGCCCAUGGAGGUAGAACCUGAGGAAGGACUGGCACUGUGAAUGUGGAUGAAUAUGUUAGGUUGUGUUAACAGUGUAGUGAAUGAAUGGAGAAGUGAAUGAGCAGCAGUCUGGUAAUGGACUGCUUUUAUUUUGAAUGCAGGCUAAGGAGAAUAGGAGUUCAAAGAUGUGGGUUUGCAGCCACAGUGAGCUGUAUCUAUAGCUGGAACUUGCUCAGACAGGAACAUUUCAAGGUCUGUUUAUGUGAGCCUGCAGCCUGUGAAGCAUUAGCACACAUCUAUACAUAACGGUGGCUGGGGUAUGGUGGGGGGCCAUGUUUUGAAAGUCUGAAUGAACACCAGACCUCCAGCUGCCUCUUGUCUUCCACAAGCUAAAGGGGCCUCUGGGAUCUGAUGUCACGAGGAGGAACCCCCUAUUUACUGACCCAAGACAGUUUACAGACUCAACAGAUCUGCAACAUUACAGCCAGGGUUAGGACAGUUGAAGCGUUCCAUGCAUGUAAGACAUAUGAACAAAAAGGAGGAAGUUAUAUUUAAAAAAAGGGGCUCUUUUGUGCGUCACUGAUGUGCAGACUUAAAGAUACAACUUUAUUUAGAAAUUUUAAAAUGAAAUAAAACAUUUUACUCAAAUCUAA